UGUAAAAAAAAAAAAAAAAAUGAAAAAAAAAAUUAAUAAAAGCACACAAAAAAAUAAAAACAAAAACUUCCGGCAUGGCUCCGGUAAGGAAUUGAAAAAGCCGCACAAUAAGAAUGCAGCUGCUGUUAAACAAUCCAACAGACAGAAUUUUGAUUUGAAAAUCAAUUUGAAAGAAAACGAAGUCGGCAUAACAGAAUAUGUAAGCCCGGGCGAAGGUUUCCAGGGUAUUCUUAAAUCUAGAUAUUCGGACUUUCAUGUAAAUGAAAUCGAUUUAAAUGGCCAGGUACUACAGUUGAAUGACUCGACGGUGCCGCAGCAAAAAAAACAUGAUGAAUUGAAUCCGGAAGAUUUGGAUGCUGCACGAUCAAGGGUGAAAGAUGUUAUUACGGAUGAAAUAUGGGUUAAAAUUAAGCAUUUAUUUGAAAAGUCUUCGACAGGUGGUAAAGAUGGCGAUUGCGAAAUCUUUAUUGAUGCUACCGACUUUAAUAAAGAUACACGCACCGAUGUUCACCAAAUUAUUAAAAAAUUGUAUGGAUCUAAAUUAAUAAGCACGACAGUCGCUGGAGAGCGAGAGGGAAGAGACCCAUCAAAGAAAUUCAUAAAAAUUGCGGAAUCUAAAAGUGGUGGAGGUAAGGGCAAUGAGCCACAUUACACGGAAAUAAGUAUGUCUUCAAAUUUCAUUAAAGAACGUAACAAUUGGUCUUUCCCUGGUGAUUAUGUUCACUUUUUGGUGUACAAAGAGAAUAUGGAUACUAGCGAGGUAGCUACCGGCCUGGCAAAUCGUUUGAAUUUAAAACCGUCACAAGUUAAUUAUUCCGGCACUAAAGAUAAACGAGCUAAGACUACGCAAAAGUUUUGUAUUAAAAAACGUUCUCCUAAGCAAAUUUUGGGAUCUGUCAGACAUAUGCCUGGUGUUAGAGUCGGCAACUUUGAAUUUAGUAAGCAAGUUUUAAAGUUGGGCGAUUUAAAGGGCAAUCGGUUUCGUAUAGCUUUAAGGCAUUUAAAAGGCGAACCCGCAAUGAUUGAAAAUGCCCUGAAGAAUAUUAAAGACAAAGGGUUUAUUAACUAUUUCGGCUUGCAGCGUUUCGGUAAUUGCGCAUCUGUACCUACAUUUGAAGUCGGCGUGGCUUUAUUGAAAUCUGAUUAUAAACUGGCUUGUGAGUUGAUUUUAAAGCCGAGAGAGAACGAUUUGCCUUUUCUAAAAUCGAUACGGGAAACCUGGUGGAAAAAUCGUGAUUCAAAAGCCGCUUCCUCGAUGUUUCGCAAUGAUAAACUUAUAGAAAAAAAGCUAUUGGAUGGUUUAGCACAAUAUGGUGAAAAUGAUUACUCGUCAGCUCUAAGGAAGUUACCACGAAAUAUGUUACUUCUGUAUCCACACGCUUUUCAAAGUUUGGUAUUCAACACCAUGGCCUCUAGGCGCAUCAGGGAAUUUGGCCUACAGUUGAUAAUUGGCGAUUUGGUCUAUCGUAAUAAGGAUGAGCCUAACAUCGACUUAGACGAUCUUCAUCUAGAAGAAUUGGAAGAAGAUGAUAAUUCUGUUGAAGAACUGAAAUCUUCCGCGCCAGUGGAAGAAAAAGAAUCCGUGUUUAAACGUAAAGUGAAGCCUCUAACCGAAAGUGAUAUACAAAGUGAAAAUUAUACAAUUUACGAUGUUGUUUUGCCUUUGCCCGGAUACGAUGUCACUUAUCCCGAUAAUAUUGUCAAUUCAUGGUACGAGGAAUUUUUAGAAAAGUACGGACUUAGUUCACAAAGCUUAAAACAUAAUGUUAAAACGUAUUCUAUGCCUGGGGCUUAUCGCAAAUUGCUUCUAAAGCCAGCGGAUAUGUCAUGGGAAUUUCGUCGUUAUUCAACGCCUCAAGAGACAUUGAUCGCUUCUGAUUGGGAAAUUUUAAUGGAUAGAGAACAAGCAAAGAAAAUAAAUACUACAGAGACAAAUAAUGCUGAGCACAGUGCUCUAUUACUAGACUUUUGUUUACCUUCUUCGGCCUAUGCGACAAUGAUGCUAAGAGAGUUAAUGAAAUGUGAUACAUCUGCAUCUGGUCAAACGAUUUUAGAAGAAACGGCUUUAAAAAAGGCAUUUGAUAAGGACGCGAAAGAGUUGAAGAAAAGGAAAACCGAGGAUAUUACCGAAGCGACUGAUGCAAGUCAAAUAAAGCAAGCGAAAGUUGAAAACGAUGCGAAAGACGAUGAAGUUUCAGAGCUUGUUAACGAAGCACAAGUCACUAAUAAGAUAUAGCCAUUAUGCGUAAUGAGAAAAACCAUCAAAUAUUUUUUUAUCGAAUAAAACUGAGACGUCCAAGAAAUCAAUGUAAAAAUAUAGUCAGUUCAGUAUAUACACAUGUUCACUUAUUAUUAAACUUUUAUUUCUCAAUAGGCCAAACAGAUAGAGAAAACGAAUGCAUAAAAUGUUUGUUUAGUCAAAAAUGAGAUACACUUGAACAAAUAUUGUAUCUGCCUCAGCCUAAUAUUAAUAUGAGCUAUCUUGUUCUAGCUAGCACUCGAUAUAUGUCGUAUAUAAUCUGUCUAUUUUACAACAAAAUUGAUCUCCUGAACGCAAGCUGCAAGCUUGUACAAUUGCGAUCUUAAAGUAAGGACGAAAGACACUCCAAUUAAUUUAUAUCAAUUUAUGAUGCUAAAGUAUAUAUACAUGGGUUCUAUAUAUCUAUAGGCGUUAUAACCAUCUGGCAAAUUUACUUAUACACGCUUUUGUGGUGGGUAUAGGAAGUAAGUAUUUUAAUAUAAGUUAAUAUACUCUGUAAGCAGUGAAUAAGAUAACAUUGCAAGAGAAACACAGAGAAAACUAAUAGAAAACGUUCUGUUGCAAGAGCGCAAACAUAGAAUUUGUAAAGCAAAUUGAGAGAGUAUAUAAACAUAGUUAAUAGAGGGAGAGAAAAUCUCGAAAUUGUUGUUAUUCUUGUAUUAAAACAACAAACCCAAAGGAGCGAGACAAUUCUAACUCUCAAACAUUUUCACAUAAACUAUCGAACUAAACACUACAACGAAAACAUAACAGACAGAAUAUUCCCCACAAAAAAAAAGAAAAAAAAAAAGAAAGAUUAAUCAUAAAUAUAUUUUGUUAAAGGUGUAGAAAGAGAAAUUGCAGUGAUACUUAAAAUUCAAAGGUAAUAGCUUAGUAUAAUCAAAA